GGACCAUCAACAAAGAGACAGUAAAUGAUUGGAACGGGUAAACACCCAAGCACACAUAGUUAUCAACAGAGACAAAACCAGCUGGACAUCAUGCAGGCAGAUGGACAGAAGGCCAUGGAUGGAGGUCUGCUGGCUGAUGCCAACGGACGGGACGGAGACCCCAGCGGCCAGAGGGAGAGUGACGGGAAGUGGCAGAAACCACACAUUUCUCACAAAUCCCUCAUGAAAUGCUGUCUGGUCAAAUGGAUCAUCACCAGUGCAGCGCCCCAGGGCUCAAACAGCAGCAUUGAUGGUGAUCUGGAGCUGUCCAUGGUGCGACAUCAGCCAGAGGGUCUGGAGCAGCUGCAGGCUCAGACAAAGUUCACAAGGAAGGAGCUGCAGUCACUCUACAGAGGUUUUAAAAAUGAGUGUCCCAGUGGACUGGUAGAUGAGGAAACGUUUAAAUCUAUAUAUUCCCAGUUCUUCCCUCAAGGAGAUGCAACCACGUAUGCACACUUCCUUUUCAAUGCAUUUGACAUGGACCGAAAUGGCUCUAUACGUUUUGAAGACUUUGUAAUCGGCCUCUCUGUUCUGCUUCGAGGUUCUGUGACAGAGAAACUGAGGUGGGCCUUUAACCUGUAUGACAUUAAUAAAGACGGCUACAUCACCAAAGAGGAAAUGCUGGCCAUCAUGAAGUCCAUCUAUGACAUGAUGGGCAGGUACACUUAUCCUUGUGUUAAAGAGGAUGCUCCAUUUGAACAUGUGGAGAAAUUCUUCCAGAAAAUGGACCAAAACAGAGAUGGCAUGGUCACCAUUGAUGAGUUCAUAGAGACCUGUCAGAAGGAUGAAAACAUUAUGAGCUCCAUGCAGCUGUUUGAGAAUGUCAUCUAGAUCCCAGCAUGAAGUGCACAAUCAUCCCUGCUCAUUUAUCACUCAACUCUCAGCAUUGUUCCAUUAUUCCUCAACUGCUGCACAGGGACUCUGCAGAAACACGUCUAUUUUGUACCUAGGCUUAGCACAUCAUCUGUAGCAUGUGAAUGAAUAUUUUGAUUGAUUGUACUGAAUGCUAUAACAACACCAAGUGUGAGGCAUCUGUGAGCAUGUAAUUGCUCAACAUCUCAGCUUUCAAGAUAAGUUCAAAAUGCUUAUUUGUACAUAUGUACUGUGUAUAGCUGUGUUCUUAAACUGAAUGACUUCUACCUAGAUAAAAUGGAGCUUUUGCAUGUUUGCUUGCAAUUUGUCUGAUCUGUGGUCUUUUUAUACAAAGAAAUAAAGGCAUCUGUGAA